UCAGCAGUCUUUGUGUCCAUUUACUGGCUCUCUGGUCGCAAUGCUGAAAUGAAACUGCCUCCAACAACUCAAGUCCACGUACGUACGUAAAUAUGUAGUUGGCGUAGGUUGCAAGGAAGAGGGUUCUGUGAAGUCUAAAAAGAGCACAAAGCAUGACAAUCAAUUAAAAUUGAAAAGGAGCGCUGGAAAAUAUUUUUUGGCCCCCUUUUGCAUUAAUAAUGACCUUCUACAACAGUAUCUUAGUCAUCAACCUAAACAAUACUAAUUUCAUGUUGUUUUGACAGAUUAAGCCUGGUCAGGUGGAAAAGUGUGACAGUUCAUCAGACUGUAGUAAUUCGGACCUGGCAGAACCUUUAGACCCUGUAAAUGCUAAAAAGCCUUCUAGGAGGAUAAGAUUUCUUUUCAGCCGCACAUCCACGUUUUUAGGAGCCAGUCUUGUGCUUGAAAAAGUGGGCAAAGAUGCGUUGUUACUGAGAUGGACCCUUGCUUACGGUACCACAUACACUAUUGGGGUAUUCUGUUUAACUGAAAAAGGAGGGCAACAAAUGGUCUGGGCACCUGAAAACAACUAA